UGAAAACUGAAGCUAAAAAGUAUCAAAUGUCAAUCGAAUAAGUACAUUGGACAAAGAAGUACGGAGUUUGGAGUUUCCUAAUUUUAAUUUGGAAAUUCAAUGGCUAGUGUCAAAGCUCAAAAAUUGUGGACUAAAAUUUUGGGUGGAGGAUCAUUAACACUUGGUGUUGCUGUAGCCGUUUUUGGUGUUAGUUUAUAUGAUCGUCGUAGACAUUGCUUGCCUGUGAUAGACAGUCAGAAGAGUGGCAAUUCACAAAUUUUCAACCAAAAGGAAAGUGCAAUCUUAAUUGAGAAGGCCAGAUCAAUCAUAAAAACAUUUAAAGAAGAAUGUGGCAGUCCAGGCUUGUCAAUCACAGUCUGUGUAAAUGGGAAGAAUGUUUGGAGUGAGGGAUUUGGAUAUUCUGAUGUAGAAAAUGGUGUCAAUUUCACCCCAAAUACUGUAAUGAGGAUUGCUAGUAUCAGUAAACCUUUAACUGCCACAGCUGUAAUGCAAUUGAUGGAAGAUGGAAAGAUUAGUCUUGAUGAACCAGUUCAAAAUUAUGUACCUAAUUUCCCUGAAAAGAAAUUUAAUUUCAAGCCUUGCAUUAUCACAAUUCGUCAUUUGCUUUCUCAUAAGAGUGGCAUUCGACAUUAUCAUUUCAGUCACAAAAGUGAAACACUACAAGAACAAAAAAAGAAAGACAGGAUGUCAGAGUUUGAUGAAAAAGAAUAUUAUAUUAAAGAACACUAUGGAAGUGUUGAAAAGUCGUUAACGUUAUUCAAAGACGAUCCAUUGCUUCAUGAACCUGGAACAGAAUUUCUUUAUACAACGUAUGGUUGGACUCUUUUGAGUGCUGUCGUCGAGAGUGCUGCUAACAUGAAGUUCUUGCUAUAUAUGAGAACACUUUUUGAUAGUCUUGACAUGAAUGAUAGGGCUGAACUUCAUCUGAAUCUUGUGUAUGGAAGAGCUAGACACUACAUGAGGAAUGAGAAAGGACAGUUGAUAAACACUCCUUACGUUGAUAACUCUUAUAAAUGGGCUGGCGGUGGUUUCAUAUCAACGACAGAAGAUUUAGUCAAAUUUGGAAAUGCUAUGCUUUACGCAAGUCAGGUGGAUGAUUAUGAAGAAAAAUACAACAAGAAAUUAUUGCCAGGAAUUUUAUCUUCAAAAAAUGUGGCAUUGUCGUGGACCAUGGCUGAAAAUACUUUUAACAAAACUUCCAAAGGAUGGGGUUAUGGUUUGGGCUGGAUGAUAAAGCCAGUCAAACGCAAAUAUGGAUGCCUUAAAAGUCAGAAGAAAAUAAUUGCACAUACUGGCGGUGCAAUUGGUGGAAGCAGUAUUCUAUUAAUAUGUCCUAAUUCCUGGAAUGAUGAGUUACAAACCAAUGAUAUUCUCCCACCAAAUGGUGUUGUAGUAGCCAUCUUGGUUAAUAUGGAGAGAGUAAGUCUGGAAAAGUAGCUAUGAAUGUCGCCCAAAUCUUCAACACUUGAAAUCCUUCGUACAAUUUCGAAUACACACUAGAAUUUAGAAUUUCUUCCGAAUUUGCUCGAGGUAUUUUGUGAUUAUGGUGCUACCAUUCUAUGCACUUCUAUAGUAAAACGAAAAAUUGUUUAAAACUGAAAAUUGUAAAAACUAUUAAGAUCUUUAAUAAAGCAUGUGACAGAACAGUAGAAAUGUUGUCACCAAAGCA